AUGAGAACCCCUCAAAACAGAGGUAAUAUUGAUAGAGAGUCCUACGCGAAGCAUAUGGCAUCUGUAUACAUGGCUACAUAUGGUUUAUCGCAUACCAGAAAUACCAAUGUUGGUAAUGAUUUCGUGAGAGGUGUUUCCGGUGGUGAACGUAAGAGAGUAUCCAUUGCGGAAGUUUCAUUAUGUGGAUCAAAUAUUCAAUGUUGGGAUAAUGCUACUCGUGGUUUGGAUGCAGCAACUGCAUUGGAAUUUAUCAGAGCAUUGAAGACAUCAGCUACUAUUUUAGAUGCUACCCCAUUGAUUGCUAUUUACCAAUGUUCUCAAGACGCAUACGACUUAUUUGACAACGUCGUUGUUUUAUACGAAGGAUACCAAAUUUUCUACG